AUGUCGAAGCGCACUCAAUCCGAAACUCCCACCGAGGAUGGCGCCACCAAGAGACCUCGCCUCGACAUUCAAGAACAAAUCAAGCGCGCCGGUAUCCUCGCUGAGCAGCUGCGCAACACUGUCGGCAAGGAUAAUGUCGAGUCGAAGACUACCGCCGCCAACCAGAUUGCCAGUGAAGAGCUCGUCCGCAUCUUCGAGAGCCUGCAGGAGAAGACUGCCGACACCUCUGAAUCUGUCGAUCAACUCAUCCUCGCCCAAAUCAGGCUUGAGACCGGAAUCACGAUGAACUACAUUCAUACCAGAAGCGCUAAAUCUCAUCCUCUCGGCGUAGAGCUUGCUGAAUACCUGACUCCGGCCAGCUUCGGAGCCCAACAGGCAAUCAUUGAAGUCGUGCAGAAGAAGAUGGAGAAUGUCAGUUCUGGUGACUACGUGGCCAAGAUCAAGGAGUUCAUCAAGGAAGCUCUUCUCGAGAAGUUCCUUGAGGGAAUUAGCAAGAAGUUCGACGGCAUCAUUACAGGUCGCGUAUUCUACUAA